UUGUGUAGCUGGGAUAGGAACACUGUCUGCGCAAACGAGUAAAGAGAAACACAUCUCAAGACUUGAUGUUUAUCUCUUAUAAAGAGAAAACACACGUCAAGGAGAUGAGACUAAACCUCAAAACAGAGGAAUAUAGAAAGAAAGAAGAUGAACAAGGUGCAGGGUCUCUUCUUUGUGGCAAUUUUCUCACUUGCGUAUACUCAGCUGAUCAAAGGGAAAUCUUUGCCCGGUUGCACAGACAGAUGUGGUAACACCACGAUCGAGUACCCUUUUGGGAUUUCUCCAGGUUGCUACUACGCAGGAGACAAUAGCUUCAAACUCACCUGUAACGAAACAAACAAGCUAAUCUUUGGCGGCAAUGAAGUGGUCGACAUCUCUCACAGCGGCGAGCUACGAGUCUUGAAUCGUAGAUCCUACGUUUGCUACGACGAGCAAGGGAAACAGAUUGGUCGUGAAAACCGGUGGUCCAGCCUCGGUAAUCUAACAUUCUCCGACAGGAACAGGUUUACUGCAGUAGGCUGCAACACUUACGCGUUUCUCAACACUAGAGGAAUCGGGAAUUACUCAACUGGAUGCAUGUCGACAUGUGUUUCCCCCAGGGCGACGAAUGGAUCGUGUUCUGGUGGAGGUUGCUGCCAGACUUCUGUCCCUAGAGGGAGAAACUACUUCAGAGUCAGACCGUACAGCUUUUCCAACCAUACUUCUGUGCAUAGCUUCAACCCUUGCAGCUACGCGUUUUUAGUGGAAGAUGGUAUGUUUAACUUCAGUUCUACAGAAGAUCUUGAGAAUCUUCGGAAUGUCACGAGGUUCCCUGUGUUACUUGAUUGGUCUAUUGGUAAACAGUCGUGCAAGGAAGCUGGAAACGCAAGCAUAUGCCGUGAGAACAGCGUGUGUUCGGAUUCUGUUCGUGGAACCGGAUAUGUCUGCCAAUGUAAGAAAGGUUUCGAUGGGAAUCCAUACCUUUCAGACGAAAACGGUUGCCAAGACAUCAAUGAGUGUACUACCAACAGUACUAUCCAUAGACAUAACUGUUCAGAUUCAAGCACCUGUGAAAACACGAUGGGACACUUCCUCUGUAGUUGCCCAUCUGGUUACAACUUAAAUUCCACAACCAAUAGCUGCAUUCGUAAAGGCAGGCCUGAAUACUAUGGAUGGACUCAGAUUUUUCUUGGAACUACCAUCGGCUUCUUGCUCCUGAUGCUUGUCAUUAGCUGUGUACAACAGAGAAUGAAGCACCGUAAGGACACUGAGCUCCGACAACAAUUCUUUGAGAAAAACGGUGGCGGCAUGUUGAUACAGAGACUCUCAGGAUCAGGGUCAUCAAACGUUGAUGUCCAAAUCUUUACUGAGGAAGGAAUGAAGACAGCAACCAAUAAUUAUGAUGAAAGCAGAAUCUUGGGUCAAGGAGGCCAAGGAACAGUUUACAAAGGGAUAUUGCCGGACAGCUCAGUUGUUGCUAUAAAGAAAGCUCGGCUUGGAGACAGCAGCCAAGUAGAACAGUUCAUCAAUGAAGUGCUCGUGCUUUCUCAAAUCAACCACAGGAACGUGGUCAAGCUCUUGGGCUGCUGUCUAGAGACUGAAGUUCCCUUGUUGGUCUAUGAGUUCAUUGCCAGUGGCACCCUUUUCGAUCACUUGCACGGUUCCUUGUCUGAUUCAUCUCUUACAUGGGAACACCGUCUAAGGAUAGCUACAGAAGUCGCUGGAACUCUAGCAUAUCUUCAUUCCUCUGCCUCCAUUCCAAUCAUCCACCGUGAUGUCAAGACUGCUAAUAUUCUCCUGGAUGAAAACUUAACCGCAAAAGUAGCAGACUUUGGUGCUUCAAGGCUGAUACCGAUGGAUAAAGAGCAGCUCACAACAAUGGUGCAAGGAACUCUAGGCUACUUAGACCCAGAAUACUACAACACAGGGUUGCUAAACGAGAAGAGCGAUGUUUACAGCUUCGGGGUAGUCCUCAUGGAACUGCUCUCAGGUGAAAAGGCAUUGUGCUUUGAAAGGCCACAACAGUCAAAACAUCUGGUGAGUUACUUUGCUUCUGCUAUGAAAGAGCAAAGGUUGCAUGAGGUUAUCGAUGGGCAAGUGAUGAAUGAACACAAUCAGAGGGAGAUCCAGGAAGCUGCAAGAGUUGCUGUUGAGUGUACAAGAGUGACCGGAGAGGAAAGGCCAAGGAUGAAGGAAGUAGCUGCAGUGCUUGAGUCCUUGAGAGCCACAAAAACUAAACAUCAGUGGUCGGAUCAGUAUCCUGAGCCAAAGGAGACCGAGCACUUGCUCGGUGUUGAAAUCUUAUCAGCACAAGGGCAUACCAGUACCAUUGGCUACGACAGCAUCAAGAAUGUAGCAACGUUGCACAUUCAAGCUGGUCGCUGAUAUUGUCAAGUAUGUAUAUAUUGUUUAUACAGAGAGAAAGCAAAGCCAUUUCGUUGUUCUCCUAAACAUUCUAAAAACCAGAGUAACAAAAUAGUCAUUCAAGAACAUUUUUUACGUUUGAGAGAUUCUUGCAGAGAUCAUCAAUUAUUCUGUUUGUAACUAACUCCCUUUGAUUGAUUUGCUAAACCAGUAGAGACGAUCCUAGUAUUAAGAGAUUUUGUUCAUGGAUUUAAGCGGGAACUUCAGAAUUAAAAAAAAACAACUCAAGAAGAAGAAACAGUAUAAUCGAAACAAAGGUGCGAUCAUCGACCUAAAUUCAUCAGCGCGUGCUCGAUUUCAUCCUGGAUUCUGCCCGUCGAACCAUAGCGUACGCCCCGAAAGAAGACGGAGGAGGAUCCAUGAGCAUGAUUUGCGUUCUCAGGUAGCUUAGGCCAUUGUUCAAACCCAUCAGAAACGCGUAACGCCUCUCCUUUUCUCUAGCCUCCCAGGCUCGUUUCGCGGUCUCGCACUUGCAACCGCCGCAAUCACACUUGGCCACGGGAUCAUACUCCGACAACUCCAUCCAAGCUUGGCUCAGUGUCCGGUGAUACACAUCCACAGAGUCACCAUCUUGCCUCGUCGUCGCGAUUAUCUGACGAAGCUGGUAGAUCUUCAGAUCGACGCACGGGACGAAUAUCCGUCUGAUAUCUUCCCACAUCUUAUGCGCCGUUUCCGCGAACACCACAGAGUUCAGAAGCUUCUCGGUCAUCGAGUUCGUCAGCCAGCACUUAACCGUCGCGUCGCAUUGUUUCCAUGGAUGAUAGAGCGGCGAGGAACGGUCCGGCUUCUCGAGGGUACCGUCGAUGAACCCGGUUUUGUUCGUGUGUUCAAGGAAAUCGAGAAAACGAGAUUUCCAGAUGACGUAGUUGUCUUCGUCUUCGCUGAGUUUAUCAAUGGAUCAAAUUCCGAGAUGAAAAUCUGGAUGGAGAUAAUAGGGUGAUUUGGAGUCGAGUGUGGGAGAUAGGCUCACACUUGCCGCCAUUGUCACUGCUCUGAGUUUUCGAUUUUAGGGAUUGCUUUUUAUCCUUUCCGAUUUCGACUUUUCAAUCUCUCUAAACUCAAAAUGAAAAAGAGGUUCGCUGUUUAGUAAAACUGUUGGGCUUAAAUGAAA